AUGGACCAAAAGGGGGUCGUGCCAGGGGACAAAGUGUUUGUUCACUGGAACAACAUCCAGACUGACGACCGAUUUCCACGCCUGCAGCAGGGAAUGCAGGUGGAGUUUGGCCUUGUCAUCUCUCAGGGAUGGCGAGGCUGGAGCAAGGUUCGCUCACUGAAAGCCAAGACUGUGACACUUCCAGGCGGAGGAAUGGUGAACAUUCAGGCGAGCAUGGAUGCAGAAAACAUGACGUUUAUCGGCGCUCAGAACUUCCGCUACACAGGCACUGUAAAGUUUUUUGACCCAUUUCGUGGCUUUGGAUGGGUCAUCAUUGAUGAUGGCUAUGCUUUGGAAGAGUCUGUGCCAAAGGAGAUUAAGGUGGAAGCAUGGGAACUGAACACCGGUGGAAAGCGCUUGAGGAUGAGAAUCGACAAGCUGGCGAUCGAAUUUGGCAUCGUCAAAAGCAAGAAGGGUGACUCUUACAUGGCCUACAAUGUUACGCUGCCAGGUGGCGCGCCCAUCACGCAUGAGGCAAUGGAACACCGCAAGGAGGAAGGUGGUCAGAGAUACACGGGUACUGUGCAGUGGUGGCAGCGGUGGCAGAGCUGGGGACACAUCGUCCCAGACGUUGGCCAAGCCCUGCCGCCCACUGUGCAAGCGGCGCUGGAUGCAGCGGUUGCUCAGGCAGCUGCAAAGGCCAAGCCUGAUGGAAAGCCUCCAGAGAAGUUACUCUACUUCCGGAAGGUUGACUGCCAAUGGAACUUGCGACCUGAAGUGGGGAAGAAGGUCACUUUCACCGUAUACUUAGACGACAAAGGCGCUGGGGCCAAGGAUGUCAUGCCCGUGGAAUGA